CGUCAGCGGUCCUCACACAUGGGAUCGGUGCUCGGUCGGUCCGCCUCCCGCAGCCCGGUCAGGCACCGCCGCACGCGCGCAUAACGCGUCCUGCACCGCACGGAGCUGCUCGGUUUUUCCUCGGACAGCAGCUCAGCCUCACCUGUCCUCACCUGUCCUCACCUGUCCUCACCUGUCCUCUUUAAACUCUGGGUCUCAUUUGUUCUGCUCGCUGGAGAAAAUGUCCCGACAUCCCGUCCCGAUCAACCCGAGCUUCCUCCCGCCGGCGACGCACGGAGUCCUCAAGUCUCUGCUGGAAAACCCGAUGAAGCUGCCGCUGCAUCAUGAAGCUUUCAGCAAGGAGCAAGAGAAGGAGAAGAACCUGGAGGAGGAGCGCAGCGCCCCACAGUCAGCCUUCCUCGGCCCCACGCUGUGGGACAAGACCCUGCCCUACGAUGGAGACACCUUCCAGUUGGAGUACAUGGACCUGGAAGAGUUCCUGUCUGAGAACGGCAUUCCCUCCAGCCCCUCCCAGCACCACCACAACCAGCACCAACCACACGCUCCGCAACGCCAGCAGUCAAUCAUGCCUCAAGCCCCGCCCACGCCCGCCCCGUCGGUGAUGGACCUCAGCAGCCACGCCUCCACCUCCGUACACACCAGCGUCGUCUCUCCAAACUGCUUGCACAGCAGCCCAGCCAGAGCAGGACCCGCAAACUCCAGAAACACUCCCAGCCCCAUCGACCCAGACUCCAUCCAGGUUCCUGUUGGAUACGAGCCCGACCCGGCCGACCUGGCUCUGUCCAGUGUGCCGGGCCAGGAGAUGUUCGACCCGCGCAAACGCAAGUUCUCGGCCGAGGAGCUGAAACCACAGCCCAUGAUCAAGAAAGCUCGCAAGAUCUUCAUUCCAGAAGACCUGAAGGAUGACAAAUACUGGGCCAGGCGCAGGAAGAACAACUUGGCAGCCAAGCGGUCCCGGGACGCCAGGCGGCUCAAAGAGAACCAGAUCGCCAUCCGAGCCGGCUUCCUGGAGAAGGAGAACUCUGCUCUGAGGCAGGAGGUGGCCGACCUGAGGAAAGAGCUGGGACGCACCAAGAACGUCCUGGCCAAGUACGAGGCACAGCACGGGCCGCUGUGAGGACACACACACACACACACACACACACACACACACACACAUAUAUGUACACAUGUAUACACAAACACACUCUGAGAAUGAUCCUCCGUUCACUCCUGGUCCUGAGGGCUCGAUUCACGGCAGCACGCCCGUCUGUCUCUCAGUAUUGUCUGACUUCCUGUCUGUGGCUCUCGGCUCCCAUUGGUCCACACUGACACCUCACAUUCGUUAAGACCGGUUCAGUCAUUUCCUAAACGAGCUGCUCGCUGUAGUUAGAAGAUGUUUGCUCCUGAGCGACGGGGCGUUGCUUGCCGUGAGUCGGGCUGAUUAUUCAGGAUUAUGAAACCAUGUCAGGACGUCUCUUUGGACCUGUGAGUUCUCCUCAUGGACCCACAAACACUAAACCACCGUCCCAUCACCCCACCCGAUGUCUGACCUCCGACCUCCGACCCGCUCCUCUCCCGGUCUAUGGUCAUGGCGCUUUAGGACUGCCGACCCAUCACAGACUGCAGGUGGUGUUUGCCGUAAUUCACCUGUUCACCUGUACAUACCUGCCCUCGUCCUGCACCUGGUGACUCUGUGUGCCGCUUCUUGCCGCUCUCCUAUUGGUCACUCAGCUUUUUCUUGUUGUUUCCUCUUUCAGGGCCGGUUCACGCCUUUUUAAGGCCCCAGCAGUAUUUUUAUGGAAAGUGCAAAGAAAACACAGGAUAUCAAAACUUAAAGAUGCACUCACUGAUUUGGAUUCAGUGUCGCGUGACGCCAACAAUCUUUUAUAGCAACCCAUAAAAUUUAUUUUUUUAUACACCCAAAAUUUGUUAUAACCUCAAUUUGUUAACAGCCCCCCAAAUCUCUUUGUUAUAAUCAUGAAAUCAGCUGUAACGGCAUCAGGGAGUGUAUCUUUAAAUACUUUGAAUAGAAACAGAGAGGAACCCAAAGAGAGCCGAGGUUUUCAGUUUGUUUUCGGGGGACAUAAUCGACCAGCAACACGUUUUCUUCUCAGUGUCCUGUGAUUGUGACCGAGCGAUCUGUUUGUAUGUCGACUGAACACUCUCCACUUCUGUUCAGUCUGUUUGAGACCAGCUGUGUGUCUGUUUGAAUCUUGCCGUCGCGUGCACGUUAAAGUUCAGACGUUCAGACUCACUGUGGAAAUCUGUGCUGCCUUUGAACGCUGCAGCGCUGAACUCCAUAUGUUUCGAUAAAGAUCAUCAUAACUUCAGCAUUUCGACGUUGUUCAGUCGGCCGACGUGUUUCGUCUCUUUUGCUCUCCACAGACCGUCACCGCCAAAGCCUGCUCAAACGUGAUUGGACAAUAUUACUCGGACUACAAACUGAAACCAGAAUGUGUCCGGUGCCAAAAACCGUCCCUCGCCUUGAGAUUCUGCAGUUACACUGACUGACCGUCAUCUCUUUGAGAGAAGUUGAAACAUCAGAUUCGAUGUUUCAAACUUUACCAGGAUGAAUUUCAGAUGAGCUGACGUGUCAGGUGACAUCACAGCUUACGUUAAUACAACCUGACGCUGUGCAUAUGGCAACGUUACGGCAGUGUUACGUAGACGUAACGGAGGCAGCAACAAAGAAAGAUGAUUUCUUUAGUUUUUCUCAGUUCGAGUUCAUUUUGAGUUGAUUUGUUGUGUCGAGGACAAAAUGUGAGUCAGUUAAAAAAGAUUUGUCUCUGUUUUGUGUGUCCGCAGGCUCGUUAGUGAAAGCUGAUUAACAGUGAAGAAAAAACACAUUUUAAUAACCUCGUUUGUCUUUUGGGGUUGUUUUUGACCUCGACAGUCAAAAAAAGAGAAAUGUGAUUUCCCUUUAACAAACUAAAACUGUUUGUGAAUCGUUCCCUUCAGUGCAAUAGAUGUUCUUCGAGGUGUUGGCGUGGACUUUAUUUCGUGUAGCUCAGCGACGAGUACGCCCCCCGGUGGCCGAGUGAGACAUGAAUGUAUAUUUGAAACAGUGUGUUGGGUGAGUGGUGUUGUCUUAUACUGUGGAUUCACUUUAGUACUCUUUACUACAGACCAAAAGAAUACAGUAUAUAAAGGAUAUAUUGAUAUAUUAAAGGUUUUAAUGUUUAUA